AUGCAGCGACCACAUUCAGGUGAACAGUUUGAGCAAGCUGUUGUUUCACAGUCGAAUAACGGCACCGCACGUCACGUAACGGUCGAGCACAAUCACACCACCAGCCAGUCAGAGACUGGACUGGAGACAGCUACAACGACUGGAUCUACGACCGACAGCCGUAUAGGACCAGAACAACCGUUAGCACAUGAUGUCGGUCUGCUCUCACUUGGCAAUGCUAGUAGCGACCCUAAAUAUCUUGGUCCUUCUUCCGGUGUCAGCUUUGCCAGGCUCAUAUAUGCAGCAGCUCCACAAACUCAAGGUUUAACCGCAGCAACUCCGCCAGAUUCUGCGCACAGGCACAGUGGCUCUAACGAUAAUGUGGUUUGCGUACCGCUUCCUAAAGCAGCACAAAUGUACCGUUUCGCCGAAUCUUACUUCGAUACCUUCGAUCACCUCUAUCCGUUCCUAAAGGAAAGUUCCGUCCAUGAGAUGAUCGAACAGAAGUGUACCCAAUCCCCAAUCCAACGACCUCGCGGAGACCUGGAUCUUGCAGUCCUGUUCCUGGUUGCUGCUUUGGGAGCUCGCAACCUUGAGCACGGUCUUGACACUGAUCUGCGGAGCGGUGGUUACCUGGCUUCUGCUAUGGCUGAAAUCAGCCAGGUCCAACUUCAUGACAGUCUGAAAGGAGUUCAGAUCAUGCUUUUGCUCGUUCUCGCUAGUCUGUGGUUUCCCAAAGGAUUGAAUGCCUGGUAUUUGAAAGCAACUAUCAUUGCAAGCUGUUUAGACCUAGGACUGCAGCGAAGGCGCACCGUGGAUACCCAGACCACAUCGAAAAGGUCACAAACCACCACAGAAGAGGAUGACAUAAGAAGCAGCAUCUUCUGGUCUGCCUACUCUGUGGAAAGGACUCUCUCUACAACUUUAGGAAGGCCACUUACAUUACGCGACGAAGCUAUUGAUGUUGAAUUCCCGGGUGAGACUGGUACACAAUACUCGAGUUAUCCAGCAACUGUCAUUCCAUCUUCUCUGAACGAUCUGGAUUUUUUUAGCGUUCAGUCCUAUGCACCUGUUCAAAUCCCAAGUGGCUCUACCACAGGUCCAUCACCAUCGAAGAAGGCGCGACUCGACAACACAUCCGGCCCCGACUAUGCAGCGUCAAGGUUCAGUUUCAGAUUUGACCGCAUCACGGCAGAGAUUAAGCUCAUGCUGUAUCGGGUCGUACAGCUUCCUACAAGAUUUCCGUGGCCUACGAAUCUUGGUAACUGGCAGGCAGAGGCUCACGAGGCUUGCAACAGUCUUUUGGACAUGACUAGACAUAUCUUGUCAACUCGAAGGAUGUCGUCUGGACGCGCCCGGCGUGCUUUGCCUGCCAUUGAACUGAAGUAUCAUCAAUGCAUCCUGCUCUUGUUCCGACCAAGCCCCGCUUUCCGGAGCCCGACUGCCGAUGCUCUGGCCAUUUGCCACAUGUCGGCACUUGAAGUCAUCAAGAUUCACUCAAACCAGCUGCGACUCGGAGAGCUACCAGACACUUGGCUUACGGCUCACACAGUUUUCAUCAGCGGAAUAACAAUAAUCUACACUGCUUGGGUAUUGCCCAAGAUCAACAAUCGUGCAGCGGUUCCUGGUGCUAGUAACUACAGUACACUGAAUGUGUCCAACACAGAUGCUAUAGAAAGCGGACUCAAAGAUUGCUCGGAUCUGCUAGCGCAUCUCGGCCGAACUUGGUCUGUCGCGACGGAUGCAAAGGCAAAGUUUGACGAGAUGAGCUCAUCAAUGCUUGAUCGCAUGCGCAAUGGAAGUCUGCCAUUCGCAUCGGCAGCAAAUACCACUUCGAGACCAAGUGGUACGCAUAGGACAGGACAAGAAGCUGGAGUCGCGGGUCUACCUCCGGCACCAGGUGCAGCCAGCAAUACAUACGGCUUAGCAAAUACGGAGGACGUCGACACAGUCUGGUUAGGAAGCGGAGAUGCGUUCACAUUCGGCGAUUUGCUCGAACCACCCGACUUUUUGGAACAGCUUGGAGACUUCUCGGCUUCUUACGACUUUGGCUGGAUGGCAGAUUCGACCACACUUCUAUGA